AUGACCUAUGAUGAUGCUCAGAAAUUCUGUCAGAGUAGAUAUACUGAUCUUGUGGCCAUACAGAAUAAAAAAGAGAUUGAACACCUCCAAGAAAAUAUUCCAAGACAUAAAUAUUACUAUUGGAUAGGAAUAAGGAAGAUCAAUGGUUUAUGGACUUGGGUGGGAACCAAUAAGACACUUACAACAGAGGCAGAAAACUGGGGUGAGAAUGAACCAAAUAAUAAAAAGAACAAUGAAGAUUGUAUUGAGAUAUAUAUUGGAAGAGAAAAGGACUCAGGAAAGUGGAAUGAUGAUUCCUGCAAAAAGAGGAAACGUGCACUGUGCUAUACAGCAUCAUGCAAUAGUACAUCAUGCAGUGGCCAUGGAGAAUGCAUUGAGACAAUCAACAACUUCACCUGUGCUUGUAAUGCAGGAUUUUAUGGAGAUCUGUGUCAGAAUGUUGUACAAUGUUCACAUUUGCUAAAUGAAUCAUUGACAUAUAUGAAUUGUUCCCAUCCAUGGGGAAAUUUCAGUUUUGAAUCCCUCUGCCACUUUGAAUGUCUGAAUGGAUUUUUCCUGGAUGGAAAGGAUAAUAUCCAGUGUCUUUCUUCUGGGAACUGGAGUGAAGCAACUCCACAUUGUUCAGCUGUACAAUGUCCAUGUUUGGUAAGUGAACCUCCAAAGUACAUGAACUGCUUCCAUCCUUGGGGAAAUUUCAGUUUUGAAUCCCAAUGCAACUUUGAAUGUCAUGAUGGAUUUUUCAUUAAUGGAACUGAUAACAUCCAGUGCCUUUCUUCUGGGAACUGGAGUGAAGCACCUCCACAUUGUUCAGCUAUACCGUGUCCACAUUUACUAAUUGAACCACCAAUGCAUAUGAACUGUUCCCAUCCUUGGGGAAAUUUCCGUUUUGAAUCCCUCUGCCACUUUCAAUGUCUUGAUGGAUUUAUCCUUAAUGGAACUGAUAAGAUGCAAUGUCUUUCUUCUGGGAAAUGGAAUGAAGCACUUUCGAAAUGUUCAGGUACUGAAAGUAAGUCACAACGCGUUAUAAAAAGGAUUCUGAUGUUCACAAAAAAUUAA